CUUGCCUCGCGUAUCGUCAUUGCUCGAGUUUGGCAGUUAGGCUAAGUUUUCACGAGCUUACAACCACGCGAGGAUUCCAGAAGGAUUCAGCAAAAAUUAUUUAGGGGUUUAUAAGAGCAAGAAAUUAGUACAACUUAAUGUAAUGAUUUUAAUUAAUCAGGUAAGUUUUUAUGUAGAACAAUAAAAUCAAAUCAUUCAACUUCAACAGUCUGGCAAUGUAUUUAACUAAAACGCUGGCAAGUGUCUGCAUACUCUUCCAAGUCAUUUCUUGUUCUUCAAACACUCAAAUGCCAACUGACCUGACAAGUCUCACCGACGUCUUAACACAACUACAAUCGGAAGUAGAGACUUUGUGCGAGUCGCGCCAUCAAGACCAAAUUAUCAUUAAAAGAUUAGAGGAACGUGUAGGUCAACUAGAUAUCUCCGAAACUUCGCCCCUGACUACCUCUUCAAUUCUAAAUUUUGAGUCCUCAAAUCCCGAAAUAUUGGAAGCUCCCACAAAACCAUCCGUUACGUUAUCAAAUGGUCGAUUUAAUGAAAAACGCAGGCUUUUUCAACAGCGCCGUGUUAUGCCUAGUCACAGACGUGAGACAGUGCGUAACCUCGAAAGAGAACAUCGAGUUUUCAGGAAGUUAGAAGGUCAGUUGCGACAGCUUCAACAAGACCUGGCAGACGUGGUCGCGGUCAAAGAGAGAGAAGUUGGAGUCACAGAAGAAGCCGGAGAUUUGAGGCUGGAGACAGAACUUCUGCGGACAGAGAUUCGCCGACUCCAGCAAGAUUUGGAGAGUUUGCGAGCCGACAGAGAACAGGACCGGGCUCCCCUCCGAGUGAACCAAGAAACUAACAAGUGGCUGCAGAAGACCGUAGAACAGCUCCGGGCAGAGAUGAGAGAGCUGGCCGCGUCUCUUAAUAUCUCUGUGUCGUUCAGUCGUUGGCAGACAUUCGAAACAACCGUGGCACUACUCAGAUCCGAUUAUGACGCUCUUCAAAAAAAAACGGAAUCUCUUCAAACUGUCCACGAGAAGAAUACAGCGUCCGUAGAGCAACUCCAGACGGAGAUCGCAGAUCUGAGAAGUUACACCCAGAAACUUUCGGAAAAAUAUCAACAUCUUUCCGAUGAGUUUGGGAAAUGCUGUUGUUGAAGUUACUUUAUAAACGUUAAACACAUCCUGGCAAAAAAACAAACAAACAUGAAC